AUGUCGUGGCCAUCGUCCCCCGGCUCCUCCAUGACUCACUCGUCCAACCCGUUCGCUGGCCCCGAGCCCUCCGCUGCCGCCAUGCGUGAUCUCAACAUUGAGGCCCGGGUCCCUAUCCGUCUCGACAGCUCCAGCACGUCGUACUACACGUGGAAGACCUACUUCAACCUUGUCUUACGUGAGUACUAUCUCACCGAGCAUAUCGACGGGUCCGUGGACAGCGCGUACAUGUGCGGCGACCCGGAGUGGUCCGCCAUUGAGGUCACGAUCAUCUGUUGGUUCUAUCAGACGGUCUCGAAGGACAUCUUUCACACGGUCGUCGCCGAGGACGACGACGCCUGCACCGUGUGGGCAAAGAUCAACGCGCUCUUCACCGACAACAAACUUCAGUGCCUUGUUUUCUUGCAGCAGGAGUUCUUCGGCUGUCACCAGGACAACUCCACCAUCGACGAGUACUGCAUGAGGCUUAAGAUGCUCGCCGACGAGCUCCGCAACAUCGGCGCUAAGGUCUCUGACGACCUCAUGCUGAGCACCCUCACUGCCGUUUUUAAUGAGGACUUCGGCCACGCGGCGUCCAACCUCACCCUGCUACCGCAACCCACUUUCCAGCGCGUCGUCGCGUACCUCAAACUUGAGGAGCGCCGGAUGACGAAGCUGAAGCAGCGGGUGCAGCACACCGCUCUCUCCGCCGGUACCACCCGCGGCGGCCCCGCUCCUCCGGCCGCCCCUCGCCAACCCGCGCCCCCCGCACCUCCCCAGCAGCCGCAAGGACGCCCGUACCCGGAUGGUGCUUCACCGAUGUGA